AUGCCUACAUACCUGGCACGCGGCGUGUCGGCACGCUUGGGUAUCAUGCCACUUGCCGACACCAUUUCUGAACAGAUUAUACUACGAAGGGGAGAGAAUGCCAGGCAGCAGUCAGAAGCGGCCGAGAAACAGUUGCAGAAUAGUAGGCUGCUCAAUGAGGUGUCCGUACCUUUCCCGGGUGACGAACAACAACACCGUUUAAACUGGCUGGGAGACGCACCUUUUCUGCAGGUACAAGCUGGCUGGGACGCUUUUGAAGAGGGAUGCGCAGAGACAACAAGGGCGACUACGGGCGUUCCGUCCUCUCAAGAACCCAAAGCACUUGUUCUUCAUGUCAAUCUUUCAGACAGAACGUACAUAACCGGUCUCAACGGUCGCAAAACUUCACUCAAGAUCGAAGUCUUCUUCAACGGGCAGCUGAAUAGUUGCUGGCUUAUGGCUACGCACGACGUCAGGACUGGCGUCAAAGGACACCAUCAGAUUUUUGCUGGAGCUAGGGUCGAUUUCGCCGCUGAGCGUCCAUGGGUGAUCCUCCCACCUGGGAUGAAGCCAGGAGCGAGCCUUGGAACGCACUGUGAGCCCAUCUCAGUAGCACAGCGAUGGCAGGAUAUUUGCCGCGCCUUCAAAAAUGAAGCACAUGAGAGGGGUGCCAACGAACACGGAGAAAUCCCUGCAACCGCCACAUUUCUAGAGGCUCUUGCAGCUAUGCAGAUGCCAGAUGAAGUCCGGAAUAUGCAGAAGCCAAGGGGGAAAGUUUUCGGCACAAUUGACGUUGUCAUCACGGCCGGGGAGGGUAAGAAACUCACAAGUGGUGUAGGCUACCUAACGGCGCCGAAAAGGAUGUUCGACGAGAACUUUCCGCUCGUGAGACAAAGUGAUGGUGCUGCCCCAGACAUACAAACAGCUGGGACUCGACAAACUGGAAGCAACGAUGAGCUCAACAGCAUCCAGCCUGGUUAUGAUAGUUUCGACGCGAAUACAGAAGGCGAAUACCACCAAGGAUAUAGCUUGUCAACACUGGAAAAGUCGUUGAGCGCAGACAGGCCUGGCAUACCAACUGUUCCUGAGUUCGCUCCAUGGAGCAGAAUUCCAGACAACUUGCAGCACAUCCGAGGACAGAGUAUAUCGAGCGACCUAAGCAAUCAACCAUGUCAACCAGAUACUGCACCGUGUUUUGGUCCGCUCCAACAUUCGCCCUUCAGUUUUCCCGGCCCAAAUCAGCCCCUCUUAAUGGGUCCUAUGCAAGAUUUCAGCAUCGUGUCUGAUCGAUUUAGACCUAGUGCAUCUGCGCCACCGUAUCUCUUAUCGAAUCAGCCUUCUCAGGGCUUCAAUGAUGGCACACCUCCGCUUUUACACGGGAACCUCACAGAAGACGAUCAUAAAGAUUCAAGAACACCUCAAAACAUGAUUCCUGCUCCAUUCUGGACGCAACAAGUUCCCGACCUUCGUGAGCAAGGAGCUAUUGAAUUACCAUACGUGCCACUUCCUCCAUCGAACAACUACCUGGAGUGGCCAGCGCCACCCAUAGGGCUGUAUUCUGUACCCACGAAGCCAAAACGAAGCAUCUACCCACGGAAGGACACUCUUUCGGCGAGGGUGAAGAAAGAUGGCCGCGAUGUUCUGCUUACGAGGUUGGUGAUCCUAGGACAGGAUAAGACCGUCUCAGUUGACCACAAGUGGGACCCACCAAAGCGCAUCACAGUAGGAUCAAGAAGGCCAGUAUGUCCCGAGCCUCAAACCGGCCAUUCAACGAGCAUGGAUGAAUGCCUUGAAUCAUCAAAAUCCAGGGACACAUCUGCCAGCAUCAGCCAACCAGAGAAAAUUGCAGUCCACAUGAAUACGUCAGCGCCCACAUCAUCCGAGAAUUCUAGCAUGGAUGUAUCUCUCAAAGAAACCCCCCAUAUAUACCAGUCUCAGGAUGAGGUGAUUGUGGGAGAGAACGAGUCAGCUGAUCUUUGCCGUAAGCCUGACACAUUGCAGCUGAACGACGCUCGUCUCUUUGCUCAAUCAGAGAAGGACUCUGGGCUUUCCACAAAGAACAAUUAUGAUCGUCGCGCUUCACCAGGCAGUAGCUUGUUUGCGGUUCAAAGUCCCGAAACGAACCCACCUUUGUUUGGGAGACCAGAAGAGAUGUUGCGCGAAGCAUCUCCUCUCUCUAGCCUGCAUACCAUCCCUAAUAUUGGUUUAGAGUCUAUGGAGUACAAACUUCAGUCUGAACAGACUAACCCAAUUACCCCAGUGCCUGUUCGACCGGCGGAUGGCUUAAACGAGCAUGUAAUUCUACCAAGUCCCGACCGUUCUCACCCUGCAUUGUUUCCGCAUAUCUUGAGUUCGGCGGUCAAAGCAGCUCCGUCUUCAAACGCCAAGAAGCGUAAAGCCUCCGAUGAUGCCUCUACCAAGAGGUCACGCAAUCGUACUUCCUUGAAACCAGACGGCAAUCCCUCGCUAAAUCAGAACUGUGUCAUUGCAUAUGCAGAGAACAAGGACGAGGGAGAUGAGCAAGGUGUUUUCAGGCAAGUCCGGAGUGAAAGAUGUGGGACAUUUCAGGAAGACUACGUCGUCUUUGCGGCACGUUUCUUUGUAGGAGAAAAGGCGAGCAUGGACAAAUAG